CUCUAGAGUCGCCGAGCAGCUCUGCGAAGAGCGCGUUCUCUCCCCAACCCCGUACUCCUCAACCCACCCACCUACUUCCUCCGGCUCCAUACACACAUGAGCACAGAGCUGCCAAAAAUUUCCACCCUCCGCCCCCCUCCCUAGCUAACUUCCUUCCAGCAUUUCCUGAGCUGGAUGAUCCUAGGAUUUGUAAGACAGGAAAAAAAGGAAGGCGUGAGGGCGGGCGAGAGAGACAGGAUGCUUGUUUUUCGUUCUACCAAAGCCGUCUGAAGGCAAGACAGCGCGCGCCGGGCAGAGGACCCACGCAGUCCCCGGGCCGUCUCCGCGCCCGCCGCCGGCUUCCCCGCGCCCUCGGCCACUCCCGGGCUUCGAGAAGACGGACCGGAGAGCUCGCCCUCCCUCCAAAGAGGAGGAAGACAACCGAAGACACCGCGGGAACCUGUGAAAGUCCCUGGGACUCCAAGUGAGGAAGUGACACUCCCAGCGAGCCGGCCCGCCGCUGCCAGCUCCGCACGGCCUGCGGCACCGCGGCCCUGGAGGAGCGCGCGGUGGAUUUCAGGCUCCGCGCCCGCGCCGGGCUCAGCGCCCCGCGGGCUCCAUGCGCUCUGUCCCGGGCCCAAACUCUUCCCGACGCCCAUGCGGCCCCACAGCGCCGCGCCGCAGCCACUGAUCUAACCCCCACCCCGGAGACCACCGUCGGCGCGGUGCCAAGCAGAGGGGAGGGGGAGACGGAGGGCAACCUCUUUGGGACUAACUCAUGAAGAACAAGGGUGCCAAGCAGAAGCUGAAACGAAAGGGAGCCGCCAGCGCCUUUGGCUGUGACCUCACGGAGUAUCUGGAAAGCUCAGGACAGGAUGUUCCAUAUGUAUUGAAGAGCUGUGCAGAAUUUAUAGAGACUCACGGCAUCGUGGAUGGAAUUUAUCGGCUUUCCGGAGUCACCUCAAACAUACAACGGCUAAGGCAAGAGUUCGGCUCAGAUCAAUGUCCAAAUCUGACAAGGGAAGUGUACCUCCAGGACAUCCACUGUGUGGGCUCCCUCUGCAAGCUCUACUUUCGGGAGCUGCCCAACCCCCUCCUGACGUAUGAGCUCUAUGAGAAAUUCACGGAGGCGGUGUCGCAUUGCCCAGAAGAAGGCCAAUUGGCCCGAAUCCAAAAUGUUAUCCAGGAGCUCCCCCCAUCCCAUUACAGGACCUUGGAAUACCUGAUUCGACACCUGGCCCACAUCGCCUCCUUCAGCAGCAAGACCAACAUGCAUGCCAGGAACCUGGCCCUGGUGUGGGCGCCAAAUCUCCUCAGGUCCAAAGAAAUUGAAGCCACUGGUUGCAAUGGAGAUGCAGCCUUCCUUGCAGUCCGGGUUCAGCAGGUGGUGAUUGAAUUCAUACUGAAUCAUGUAGAUCAAAUCUUUAACAACGGCUCACCUGGGUCUCUGGAUAACGAUGAAAACCGGCCCAUCAUGAAGAGCCUGACCUUGCCAGCCCUCUCGCUGCCCAUGAAGUUGGUGAGUCUGGAGGAAGCUCAGGCCCGGAGCCUGGCCACUAACCAUCCUGCUCGGAAGGAAAGAAGAGAGAAUAGCCUGCCUGAGAUUGUCCCUCCCAUGGGCACCCUCUUCCACACUGUCCUUGAGUUACCAGACAACAAAAGAAAGCUCUCCAGUAAGUCAAAGAAAUGGAAAUCAAUAUUUAACCUGGGACGUUCUGGAUCAGACUCCAAAUCAAAGCUGAGCAGAAAUGGGAGUGUAUUUGUGAGAGGACAGAGGCUCUCAGUGGAAAAGGCUACUAUCCGACCAGCCAAAAGCAUGGACUCGCUGUGCUCAGUGCCUGUGGAAGGGAAAGAAACCAAAGGAAAUUUCAAUCGAACAGUCACCACUGGUGGAUUUUUCAUUCCAGCGGUGAAAAUGCAUUCAACUAGCACUGGCAGCUCGUGUGACCUCAGCAAGCAGGAGAGCGAAUGGGGCCAGGAGGGGAUGCCAGCGGGGGCGGAGGGGGGCUUUGACGUGAGCAAUGACCGAAGUCAGAUGCAGGGCUCUCAGGCCCGGCCGCCACCGGAGCAGCUGAAGGUAUUCCGGCCCAUCGAGGAUCCCGAGAGUGAGCAAACAGCCCCGAAGAUGCUGGGUAUGUUCUACACCUCAAACGACAGCCCCAGCAAAUCUGUCUUUACCAGCAGCCUCUUUCAGAUGGAGCCCUCUCCCCGUCACCAGCGCAAGGCCCUGAACAUCUCCAAGCCCUUUGCUGUGUCCGUGCCGCUCCGUGUGUCGGCCGUUAUCAGCACCAACAGCACCCCGUGCAGAACACCUCCAAAGGAGCUACAGUCCCUUUCCAGCCUAGAAGAGUUUUCUUUCCAGGGUUCAGAUAGUGGAGACUGGCCUGAAGAAGAGAAGCCACUGGGAGCUGAGACUUCUACAGCAUCUGUACCUAAGAAGACGGCUCUUGAGAACAGCAAGCCAGGACCAGAUGCAGGGAGAACAGUGGAAUGUAGCAAAGGCCUUCCCCUGGAGCUGGGUGCCCAACUGGAGGAGAAGAAAGCCUCAGAAGGCUCCCUAGGCUCUCACCAUGCAGGUGAACUGGAGAAGCUGGAUGCAGAGAAGGCAGCAGCAGAGGAGGAUGAAGCGCCUGGCCAGGUGGAGUCCAGUGCUCUGCAGGAGAACACCAGGGCCAGAGCUGAAGCAGUGCUUCUCCAUGAGAUGGUAAGAUGGCCUCACUGCCUUGUCCAGCCAGAUGAAGACGAUCUGGCCAAUGUCCUGAUAUGGCCUGAGAUACAACAGGAGCUGAAAAUUAUUGAAUCUGAGGAGGAACUCUCCUCGUUGCCACCACCAGCUCUUAAGAUCAGCCCAACUCAGCCUAUUCUCGAAUCUAGUCCCGUGCCUUUUGCUUCCCCAGAGUCUCCCAGGAGCUUACCUUGUGGCUCUGCCCCAGCUCCAAUCUCAGCCCCUCUGGAGGAGUGCACUAAGAAUCCAACCAAUCAGAGCACACAAGGAAUCUCUGCAGCAGCCAAUAGAGAAAGGGUAGAGACAACCAGCAUCCUCCAGAGAUGCGAGCUGGAGAAGGGCCUGCGCCCAGACCCUGCUAGCCUGACUCCUCUGGAAAUAGUUACAUUUGAGAUGGCUUCUCCACAAGCAAAGAUGGAGGGGGGAGGCCCAGGGAAUCUGUCUCCUUUGCUCCCGCCUUCUCCUCCCCCUCCAACUCCUAUGGAGGAGGCACCUCUAGUCCAGCUAUUGAUGGGUAGCCCUGAGAGAGAAGAUUCAUCUGAGAAUUUGAGAACAAAUCCAUAUACAGACCAGCUGAAGUCCAAAGGCAGCCCUGGGAUCCCCAAUCUCUGUCAGGAAGAGGAGGCCUCUCCAGAACAGAAUGAAAAGCAAAAUUCAAAGAUUACUGCUCCUGAAGGUAAAGGCUCUAGCUAUCCAAGCCCAACCAGGGAGGUUGAGAUUUCUGUACAAGGAGAAGGGGAUGUAACCCACUCAGUACAGGAGCCCUCAGACUGUGAUGAAGACGACACUGUGACAGACAUUGCCCAGCAUGGCCUGGAGAUGGUGGAGCCCUGGGAGGAGCCCCAGUGGGUGACAAGUCCCCUGCACUCCCCUACCCUGAAAGAUGUGCAGGAGGCACAGAUGCAGGGCUCCCAGGGCCACCGAUUGGAGAAGAGGCUUUCCCACAGGCCCAGCCUUCGCCAGAGCCAUUCUCUAGACAGCAAAAUCAUGGUUAAGAGCCAGUGGACUCUUGAGGGUCCCUCCUCCAGCAGUUGUGAUAAUCUUGAAGCAGAGAGGAAUUCCGAACCUCUGCAGCCCUUGGCACCCAGCAGAGAUGUUACUGGAUGGGAUGAGAAAGCUGUGAGAUCCUUUCAAGAGUUCUCUGGCCUGAAAAGGACAGAGGAUCCUCCCAACCAGAAGGGACCAGGUGGUUUGCCGCCCAAAUCAGCAGAAACCAGCCCUGUCAGCCUAGUAGAGGGAGAGGAACUGGGGCCACACCUGGGGCACCACAACCCUCAACUUGAGCAAGACAGUGUUCCUGGGCCAGAGAGCAGCAGGGAGUAUUCGCCUGGCAUGCAGGACAGCAUCUCACCUGGAGAGCAUCCCCCAAAGUUAGUGCUGAAGAGCACUGAAUGUGGGCCCCCAAAGGGGAAAAAUAGGCCUUCUUCUCUCAACUUGGACUCUGCCGUUCCUAUCACUGACCUAUUCCGGUUUGAGAAUGUGGCCUCCUUUGGUUCACCUGAAAUGCAGUUCUCUGAGCCAGGAGACCCAGAGGUCACGUGGAUGACCCCAUCGCACUGUAAAGUAGACCCCUGGAGGGUAUAUUCCCAAGAGUCUCAGGACCUGGACAUUGUCACUCAUGCCCUGACAGGCCGCCGUAACUCAGCUCCUGUGAGUGUGUCAGCUGUGAGAACCUCCUUCAUGGUCAAAAUGUGCCAGGCCAGGGCCGUCCCGGUCAUCCCACCCAAAAUUCAGUACACCCAGAUCCCACAGCCCCUGCCCUCCCAGAGCUCAGAGGAGAAUGGAGCUCAGCCUCUUGAGAGGAGCCAAGAGGAACCCGGUUCAACUGGUGGGACCUCUCAGAAACGUGCCAAAGAUGAUUCUCUCUCCUCCUUGGAAAGCCCCCAGGAAGAGAAACCAAAGCAAGAUAUAGGACCCCUCGAGUCCUCACCUCUGGACUCCACCGCACCUCACAUGUGCGAGGGACCCACUCUUUCUCCAGAACCAGAUUUGCCCAACCUGCUCUCCUCCCAGGAUGCAGUCGUGCAAUGUCGAAAGCGCACAUCAGAGACAGAGCCAUCCGGAGACAACCUUCUUUCUUCAAAAAUCGAGCGCCCGUCAGGGAGUUCUAAGCCUUUCCACAGGUCAAGACCAGGAAGACCUCAGAGCCUAAUCUUAUUCAGUCCUCCUUUCCCCAUUAUGGACCACCCGCCCACCUCAUCUACAGGGACAGAUUCCAAGGUCCUGCUGUCCCCUAUCAGAAGUCCCACUCAGACAAUUUCCCCUGGGCUUCUUUGUGGAGAGUUGGCAGAAAACACAUGGGUCACACCAGAAGGGGUUACACUUAGGAAUAAAAUGACCAUCCCUAAGAAUGGCCAGAGACUAGAGACCUCAACCAGCUGUUUUUACCAGCCCCAGCGGAGAUCAGUGAUUCUGGAUGCAAGAAGUGGGAGGCAAAUAGAAUGACAGCAGCUCACCUACUGGUGUCUGAAAAAAAAAAAAAUUCAUGAUUCAUCUGGAAGUUAUUAUAGGGGCAACUUGCCUUUUUCCAGGCAGAGGUUAUCCAAGUUUGGUCUUAUUUGGGCCUCUUCUCUUUCUUCUGCCUUUUGACCAUGUAUUAAUUAGGCCAUUUGCCAGAAGAGAGGUCAAGUAAAGGACCAAAAGAUGAAACACAAAUAAGCCUAUAUGAGCAGGCAGGGAAAGGUCAGGUGAGGGAAAAGGAUGAGAUGCUGGCCUCCAGUGAUACCUGGGGCUUAUGAGUUGCGUCAUUCCCCCAGUGCCAUGAUCUACUACCGUGAGAGCUGGAUGUGGUAAUCUAUUUCGAAAGAGAGAAAUCCUAUGCCUGUGUUGGAAAAUGUUGCUAUUGAGGUUUGAAGACCUCCUAUUUACUUCAUGCUUUUUAAUGCUCUCUAAAGUAUGUGUUCUUUUAGACCAGUUUUCUGAUAAGCUUUGUAAAAGCAUACUAUCCAGAAUAGAAGCAGAUUUGGAAAUGCAAACUAACGUACACUUAGAUAUCCAGUGGGUGAAUUUACCCAGGCUCUUUCCCUGAACUCCCUGCUGACCCGUCCCAGAUGGCACCAUGUACCAGCAUAGAAAAUCAGAAUCUCUACUCUGAGACUGGCACAACCCAAGAAGACCUUCUGGCUCUGGCUUUUAUUAAUUUGAGACUCUGCCAUUGUCCUGCCCUUUGCUUUAUAAAUCCGGUAGCCAGAGAGGAUAGGAGCUGAGCUAAGGGUUACCUCACUUAGAUGUGCUCAAUCUUCAGUUAGGUAUGCAGCGGUGAACUGAUCUGCUCUCCUUCUAACAUCAGCGUUCAAGGACAGGAUGUCAUCGUAGAGAAAAGCCUCAUAUUUAGGCAGAACUAUACUCCAGACUUGAAGUGUUUGAAAUCAGUGGUGUAUUAGCAGAAAACAUCUCUAGCUCAGCUUCACGCUCCAUUCACACUAAGCUGGGACCAGAGUACAGGAGAAGGAGGGAGCCUUACCAUUAGAGGAAAGAGCCCUUGCAGGGUGGCCAUCACUCCUUCUUGGUGAGAGCUGCCUUUCUUGAAAAUGUAUUUCGUUUUAGCCAGGGGCUGCCUUCCUUCCUCCCCCGCCCUCCAUUGCUCAAGAGCAGACUUGAAGCUCGCCUCUCCCUUCCUUAAUCCCCUUCAUCCACCACCCACCCCAGGCACUCAGACCUGCUCUUCUUUUAUCUAUAUGCAAGCAGAUGCAAUAAACCAAUCUGGUUUUAUUUCAGUUAUUUAGAACUUCAGAUGGUUCUUUUCAGCUGGAGAGAGGAAGGAGAAGUAACACAACUUGUUGGCAGAUUUUUGGUGCUCUUCCAAAAAGGGCUUCACAGAAGCCCUUCUCAAGGCAAAACCGAUCCAGGUAUCAACACUUUCAAACUUUCUAAGAUAACUGUCUUGUUUGAGAAACAGAAAGACAGGAUCUAUUUUUAGCCCCUAAUGUGCCUCUUCUGAGGUUCAAGGCUAGCUAAACUGUCCAAAAGCUCAAUCACUGCAGAAAUUUCUUGAAGGGCUAGCAGUUAACUCUGGGCAGAUCUCACAACCAGGGCUGAUGCUGGGCUGGGUAAGGGCUGAACUGAAGUUACCUCCUCCAGUGAGAAAUUAGAAGGUGAUGCCCUGCAACGGAUACGUAUUCCUCUCUCCCUUCUUCCCUGAUAAGCCUUGUAAAGUUUUGAAAUUUUGUCCUGUACCAUUUAAGCCAGUGUCUAUGGCAGAAACAAUUGGCAGGCCAGCUGAUGAGUUCUGCUUUCAGAUGGCACUGAGAUGAGUGAGCAAGGGAAGAGUUAAUAGGCCUUUGGUCAGUGUUUUUUGCAUUCUCAUUCGAUGAGCAAGACAUUGGACCAACAGCCAAUGAGAUGUAAACCCAUAAGAAAAGUCCUAGGGUAUAGAGUUUUUCCCUCUAUGGAAGCAAGGUGAAGAAAUAUAGUGGUGCCAGAUGAGGAAGGCUGCUUUUGGGAGAUUUGAAAAGUACAUUCCUGCCUUAUCAGCAAAUGUGGCAGAUAGGCUUUAAGUCAAUCUCAGUACACUGUGCUGUCUAUGCUUUGAUAAAGACAGUGUUCCAGUGAGAAUGUGAGAGAGGAAGGGAACCGCACUUUGCUUCACCAUCAGAACUCUGAGCCGAGUAAUGAAAUAUUUAAACUAUUUUAUGAUUAUUUUAAAUUUUUGUUUGUAACACUUAGAGGGUAUAUUUUUAUUUGGGGAUAGACUAAGAAGCCACCAUUUACAUAAACAAGUGAGUUGAACUUGAGGCGCCUGUGUAGAUUUAUUAAAUGGCUGCCAUGUUCCUUGACUCUGCCAUCUUUCAUUCGUAGAAUCAUCUUCAGGAGUGUGUGUGUGUGUGUGUGUGUGUGUGUGUGUAUGUCAUCAUGAGAUGAAAACUGUCUGGAGAUAAUUCCUACUCUGAGUUUUCCCAGAUGAUCAACCCAGAAGGCCUUGGAAGCUGACUCACCUUCUUGGUCAGUGUCCUGCUGCUAAAGUGUGGACCCUAUUCGUAAACUUCCUGUGAGCUGGGGCUAGCCUGGCAGUGGUGAAAUUCCAUUGCAUGACAAGGAAAACUCAUUACAUUUUUCCUCCAAAAUUGAUCCCCUCAAAUCUCCUGAGAUUGCCUAUUUGGCCAUCCACUUGGGAUUGAAAAAUGAACUCCCUGAGAAUGGCUGGAUGGGAAUCAGGCUGCCUGUUUCCAUCGAGGGUAAGGAGAAAGGAGGUGCUGCUUUUUACAGGAGGUUCCACAUGGUGCCCUAGAGAGGGCUACAGAAUCAUCUUCUCAAAGGGUGCCUUCAAAUCAGCUAUCAGUCCUCAGAAUGGGGGUGCCUAAUUUUAAAUGUUGAAGUACAAUGUAUGCAUAUUCUAAUAUUUCUUUCAGUGUUAACGGUUGCUUAAGAAGAUAAUAAUCUAUAUUUAUUGGCAAGCUUUCUUUUUUUUCCUUUUUUGCCAAAAUGUACCAGGUAGAGGGAAUUUGGUCUUUAUUCUUUAGUUCAAAUGGAAUAUGAAGAGGCCUGACCAAAAACCUGAUCAAGACACUAUUGGCCUAAUCUAAGUCGUAAAAUUCAAAAUAUUGGCCAACUCAAAAUUCUGGAUUGUGGGGAGAUUAAAAAUGUAAACAUCCUCCUCAAUAGACAAUAUUUAUCAAGAACUUAGAGACACUGCACUUGGGUACCUUAGAACUCUGAAGUUUUUGAAGAGUCUAAUGAAAAAGGAGAGCAGGAUGGCAGCAAAUGAAACAGCCUAUAAGCAACCAGGAGCAAGAUUUAGAACCAUUAAGUUGCCAAAUCACAGCAGAGAGGUAAAACAGGUAGCAACUUAGCAUCUAUUAAUAUGAUUGCUGAUAGUGUUCAAGUUACCCACUGACUUUAAUCAAAUUAAACACAAUUAAAAAUCCAGUAGAAGGUGCUAGAAAGACAUUCAGGUGUUGAGAAUUUUGGUUUUGUCACUUAAAAAAUCAGAGAGUGGAAACUAAGAAUAAAUAGUUCUGAGGUUUCCUAUGGCCUUUUGGUUUGGUUGUGAAGUCCUGUUGGAUCUCUGCAGAUGAGCCAGGUAAUAUCAAGUUUCCAUACUCCUUGAGAGGGGGUUUUAGACACCAUCAUCACAAAAUGGGUUAACUCCUGCUGAUGAUGAAGUCAACGUAAAUUGUUACUUUCAUGUCUACUAUUUAGCACAUAAUUGCACUUGACUAAAGUUGAGUGGGAUAGUCAUUUGCCUACACAAGGCCUUGUCUUCUGCCUGAAGAGCUACUGGGAGACAUAAGAUUCGUUUGUCCAGGAUUGGAAUCGGAGACCUUCAGGGUGGGUCCAAUUCUCUCCAGGAUUGAUUAGGGCCACAUUCUAUCACAGAUUGUCCUAUAUGAGGACAACAGACUCUUUCUUGUUGCUAGGAGUAUGAUUUACGGCAUUUCCAGCAGGAAGGUCAGUUUCAAAAUGUGGAGUGACAAAGAAACUUUGUCAACACCUCUCCUAGCAAAGUCGAGCCUGUAGAGGGAGCAGGCACCUUUCCAGGCAUGGAGAGGAAUAGACGGAAGAAGGGUGACUGCAUAAGAUCAGGUUCAGCCCAGAAAGUGUAAAAUUGGAGCCACCACUGAUUGCUUGGGAUACAGUAAAUCAUGUAGUAGCAUUGAAGUUCAUGAAUAACACAGGGAUCAAUUCUAUGAGGAUGGAGGAUGUAGUUAGGUAUAAGAAAUCCAUGAAGUACAUAGCCAUGUGUUUUACUGGGUGAAUCACAAUGCUUUGCAUUAACUUAAUGCCAUAGUACUUCCUGGCUUAUAUUACCGCAAGGUAAAGCACUUUCUCAAAGGGAUCUAUUAGAAAGCUACAUGAUUUCAGCUGUUUGUUGACCUUGACAAAAUAUGUUUCCAAAGAUAUAAUCAAAAUGUUUUUCUAUUGAUUAAAAAAGCAUAAAUAUUAAACCUAUCCAUAGAGACAUUUAAGUGUAAAAACAGAUUGUAUGCUUUAAAAUGUACUCUAAUAAAUGAUAUGAAAUAUA